UUCUGACUAUUUCAAUUAACGCCUGGCGUGGAGGGGCCGCUGCACAGGAUUAGAAGGUUGCAAACUCAGCCAGCUCCAUCAUGGGCACCAGCCUCCCCAGCGUCCAGGACACCUUCCAAAGGAGUUGCCUCAGAAAGGCGUUAACAGUCCCCAUCACCCAGGACAGGCCCUCUUCUCAUCAGGGAGGAGAUAGAGGACGUCGAAGCUGCACACUCUGCAACAGAUUUAUGUAUGGUCCUUCCCCUCUGCCUGAUUUCUGAAUAGUUCAAGAACUUAUCAUUUUUGUUUUGCACUAUCGCCUUCCCGCUGCGUGGGAACAGGAGGAUGGCGGGCCUGGAGCUGCUCUCCGACCAGGGCUACCGGGUGGACGGCCGGCGGCCGACCGAGCUCAGGAAGAUCCGCGGUCGCAUGGGCGUCUUCGCACAAGCCGAUGGCUCGGCCUAUAUCGAACAGGGGAACACCAAGGCUCUGGCGGUGGUAUACGGGCCGCACCAGAUCCGUGGGGCUCGCAGUAAGGCCCUCCACGACAAAGCCACUGUGAACUGCCAGUACAGCAUGGCGACCUUCAGCACCGGCGAGCGGAAGAGGAGGCCUCACGGUGACCGCAAGUCCACGGAGAUGACCCUGCACCUGAAGCAGACCUUCGAGGCAGCCAUCCUAACACAGCUCUACCCGCAGUCCCAGAUUGACAUCUAUGUGCAGAUUUUGCAGGCGGACGGCGGGAAUUACUGCGCCUGCGUGAAUGCAGCCACGUUGGCGGUGAUCGACGCCGGCAUCCCCAUGCGAGACUACGUGUGCGCCUGCUCCACGGGUUUCGUCGAGGACACCCCCCUGACGGACCUCAGCUACAUUGAGGAGUCGGCAGGAGGGCCGCAGGUGGCCAUGGCCGUGCUGCCCAAGUCGCAGCAGAUCGCGCUGCUGGAGAUGAAUGCGCGGCUGCACGAGGACCACCUGGAGAAAGUGGUGGAGGCGGCGGUGAAGGCGUGCCAGGAUGUCUAUACUGUACUGGACCGUGUGGUCAGGGAGCACGUGCAGGAGGUCACUGCGCUGGCCGGUGAAUGAAUCCACGGCUCGGUGUUUGUAAAUAAAGGGUUUGUACCAAAAGGUUCUUCUUCUUCAU